AUGCGGCCGCCGCCGCCCACAAUUACCGUCACUGAGACCAUCCUGUUCCUGGUCCAGUACACGUCCAAAGAGUUCGACCGCUCUGAGAAGACGGUGGCCACUGGAGACUGCUGUUACCUCAACCCGUUGGUGCGCAGAACCUUCCGUUUCCUGGGAGUCUACGCCUUCGGCCUCUUCACCGUGGACAUCUUCGUCAACGCGGGGCAGGUGGUGACGGGAAACCUGGCGCCGUACUUCCUGACGGUGUGUAAGCCCAACUACACUGCGCUCGGCUGCCAACAGGCCCUGCGCUACAUCAGCCACCAGGAGGCCUGCACAGGGAACCAAGACGACAUCCUGAGGGCCCGCAAGACCUUUCCCUCCAAGGAGGCGGCCCUCAGCGUCUACGCCGCUCUGUACCUUGCUAUGUACGUGACGUACACGGUGCGCGCCAAGGGGACCCGCCUGGCCAAGCCGCUACUGUCUCUGGGCUUCAUGUGUCUGGCCUUCCUCACUGGUCUGAACCGUGUGGCAGAGUACCGGAACCACUGGGCCGACGUCAUCGCUGGCUUUAUCAUCGGCAUGGCUAUCGCCACCUUCCUGGUGGUGUGUGUGGUCCAUAACUUCAAAGGGAAGCUGCUGCUGAAUGAGGAGCUUCCUGAGCAGCAGAGCAGCAUGGCCAUGCUGAACAUGGGCCAGGUGGAGAGUCCUCUGGAGAAGUACAUCGCCUCACAGGAAACUGAUGAUGAGGAGGGGGAAACUUCCUAUAUGAAGCAGUGCCUCCAGGCUUUCCUGCGCUGGCUCUGUGGUCUCAGCUGGGUUCAGCAUCUCAAAAAUAAAAGAAUCACAUCGGCUUCGCUGAGGUCACAUGACGUGGAGUCUGCGGUGUGGCAGACCCACUGGACGUCCACGCUCUUCACCGUCCAAUCCUAUUAACCAGAGUGCAGCACUGUGUUUGUCUGUAGUUCCAUGUUGUCUGCAGCGGACCGACCUAAAGGGACAAAAAAAGGACGGCUCCUCCUGCUUCUCCAUCUAUGCACUUAUUCCAGUUGCUCUCCUCCAAACCAGCCUUUUACUGCGAUAAUCUAGGAAGAAUUCAGAACACUACAAGAACAGGAAGAGCUGGCGACUGUCAGCGCUUUAUGUUCCUAUCUAAGAACAUGAUUGGCUGCUUAUUUCUGUGCUCUAUGUAAACAUCCUCCCUAAAGUCAGGAACGGAUCCGUGUUUGUAAAGAACGGCAUUGUGGGUAAAGCAGCAGGAAUGAGGUGGAUCCAGAACAAGUUCCUCCUCAUCCUCAGUAGAACCUCACAGAGACCAGCAGCUGUGGGAAGAUCCACGGGGUUCCACUCUGAGCCGCUUCCAGAACCUUUACUGCUCUUCGCUUCAAGGUUGCCUCCGAUCAGCUGUCUGUGGAUCCAGGAGAUGCUGCUUCGUCAGUUCUCCUCAUCAGCAGCAUCAGAUCGAAAACGUUUAGAAACAAAACGCUGCAGCAAUCUCUCACAUGGAGCAGGUAUGCAGCCCCUGUGGAACUGGGAGUGGUCCUCUGCUGCACCCUGCUGGGGAUGAGAGGACAGCGCAGACUGUCCCUAGUUAUAAGGCGUUGUAGCUGGUUGCUAACCAACCGGAGCGGAACAGAUCCGGUUACCCAGCUCCCUCCAACAUAUUGGUAUGCUGCUCCUGCUGGUCCGACCAGUUACUGUCUAACGCAACAAACGUUCCUGUUUGUUCAACAGCAGACUACGACGGAGGGUUAGGGCCAGCUAGAUUUAUUUUUUUUUUCUAUUUCCAGAAUAAAGUCGUAAAAUUUCGAGAAUAAAUUCGUAAAAUUACGAGAAUAAAGUUGCAAAGAGAAUAGUCAUUCAAUUA